AUGGGCGACAACCGUGAAAUAGAAAGUUGGCUAUUUGUGAAACAAGUUGUUGGAGGACGAUGGUUUUCAGUGUUCACCUCUUUUUCGAUCAUGAUCGGUUGUGGUUCACCUUACUUGUUCGGAACAUACUCCAAACUCUUAAAAACAAAAUUUGACUACAAUCAAACCCAACUUAAUACCUUGGGAUUCGCUAAAGAUCUCGUCUCCAACCUCGGAGUUUUUGCCAGGCUUUUCGCCGAGGUGGCUCCUCCGUGGAUGCCUUUCGUUGUGGGGAUAUCCUCCAAUUUCUUCAGCUACGUUAUGAUUUGGCUCUCCGUUUCUAACUACGUCCUAAAACCCCAUUUAUCGCUAAUGUUUGUUUACAUCUAUAUUACUUCUAAUUCACAGAACUUCCUCAACACGGCCGUUAUGGCUAGCUAUGCCAGUGGCGUCGUGGUCAUCGUCGUCUUAAUCUUUCUGCCUCUUCUGAUAGCUAUUAAAGAAGAACUUUUUCUCUUCAAACUCGGUAAACAAACCAUGAAUCUUUCGGUUGUUGUUUCGAUUCCCCCUGAACAACUUCAGAAAAUUUCAAAAACUUCUUUGCCGAGGGUCUCAAAUGUAUCUAAGGAGCCGCAAAGAGGAGAAGAUUUCAGCAUCUUGCAAGCUCUUCUAAGCAAAGACAUGGCUCCUAUUUUCAUAACAACGGUGUCUGCAUGUGGGUCGUCCGUUGCAGCCAUUGACAAUCUUGGGCAAAUCGCCGAGUCACUUAAAUAUCCAAAUCAUUCCAUAAGUAUUUUCGUUUCAUGGAUUUCCAUAUUCAAUUUUUUUGGUCGGGUCUUCUCCGGUUUCAUCUCUGAAACCCUUAUGACCAAAUACAAAUUACCUCACCCUUUCCUGUUCGGUCUUUCCCAACUUUUCACCUGCACCGGCUUGCUCUCCAUCGCAUUCCCUUAUAUAAAUUCAGGCUAUGUAGCUUCGUUGAUCAUUGGGUUUGGCCUUGGAGCCCAAACUCCAUUGAUAUUCGCCAUAAUCUCUGAUCUCUUCAGCCUCAAACAUUACUCAACACUGCUCAACUGUGGGCAACUGACUGUCCCACUUGGAUCUUAUAUAAUGAACGUGGAAGUAAUAGGGAGGUUUUACGAUGCAGAAGCCACUAAAAUUGGAAAUGUGAAGAACGGGAAGGGCCUCACUUGCACUGGAACUCAUUGCUUUAGUGAAUCGUUCAUGAUUUUGGCUGCAGUGACUUUGUUUGGAGCGGUGGCUUCGUUUGUGCUAGCUUAUAGAACUCGAGACUUCUAUAAAGGCGAUGUUUAUAAGAAAUACAGAGAUAACAUAGAGGUUACGCAGUCGAAUAUGGAAUUAUAUUCUUCCGAUGAUAAGAACAAUGAGUACAAAAAGAAAACUGAUGAUCGAAAGUAA